AUGUCCAGACAUGCCUUGGAGGUAGAACUGACGACUCUGGUUCGGUAUACUCUACGCGAUUCUACUGCUUUAGCCUUUGGUGGAGCCAUUCGUUGGGAUGAUCUUUGUUGCCCCCAAGCUUGUUAUGUCGCGAUGCAUAUGAAGUCUUCUAAAGUCAAAUUGGGUGCCAGAUUGUCUUCUAACCUAGGAGUAAUUCUAAGUGAUAGUUCUAGAAUUGGGGAAGGCUCCGUAGAGUAUGGAAAUGGCCCUAUUAGUCCUUUUAAUGGGAAUAAGGAGGGAGACUCCCGCACUCCGACUUAUAUGGAAGCAGGUGCUUGCUUAGCUUCCUCUGGUCAAGAUCGUGAAGAAAUUAAAGCAACCAUUGCUUCCUAA